AAAGCAGAACAGUAACAAAAAUAAAUGGUAUUUUAUUUUAAAUAGCUAAAUAGUUUGAAAAACGAAUUUAUCGCCGCAGUGUAUGAGAUAGGAAGGAAUGAACAUGAAUUCAAACGCAUUCAACAAUGCACGCAUAUUUCUGAAACUGGCGAACGUCUUCAUGAUGGCAAUUAUUGAAAUCAAAAUCCAGAUGACCUCCAACUCUAGCCAAGCACAUGUUACACAUAUGUAUACUCAAUACAUGGUGUUGAAGCGUUGCCGUUCAGCAUUUUCACAAGUUACAGCACUUUACGUGCACACAACCAACGAAACCACACCAAUUUCGAAUGAAUGAAAGAGAUUAUUGGCGUCUGUUUGUGCGCUGCUCACAUAUGCUCAGUGCCCAUUCACACAUACAAAUUACCACUGGUUUGCAUUGUAAUAAACAUCGAAACUGAAGAGCGACCAACAUGAUCAUUGUUUGAUGCCUGUUGUUUCAUAUAAUAUAAAUCGGAUUUUUUUUGUCGUUCAUUCUCAUUUUGCAUUUUGAGUAGUAAAAAUGCUUUGGACGGAAUAUGUCGCAUGUAACUGUGUCACAUAUUUAUGUUUUUGUUAUUGCUAGUGCAACAUUCGAAGCGAUCACAUCAUGAUUCGUGGCUCUUCUUUCUAAAAUCCAAUUAAUCAUGGUGGCAAAUGGAAAAGUUCAAAAUUCGGAAAAAAAUCAACUAAAAACUCACUAAGUGAUUUCAAUGAACGAAAAAACAAGCAAAAAAUAUCCAAAAUUAUAUCAGAGUUUUUUUUUCUCAUGUGUGGCGAACAUUAAAAAUAUAUACGAAAAAAUCCCAAAUAAAUAUUCAUAAUUGUGCAUUGAUCAAUUCUAAAUCGAUCAAUUUCGAACUGAAAAUGAAAGUCUUUUUUAAAGUGUUUUGUAUAUUAGUUGCUAUUAAUGGCAAUGGCAUUUCGGGUGAUAAUAUUCAAAAAGAGCUGACUAUUCGUUCAAUUGAAACAAAUUCAAAAUCAAACAGUGAUCAACCGUUUCGAGUUAAUUUAACGUCCUUUUUAAAUUAUUAUCAACUAGCACUGAAUGUUUUACCGAUCGAAACGAAGACAACACUUGAAGAUAAGGUGUCGAAUGACGCAAAUAUUAAAGUGAUCGGUGAUGUCAUUGAAUCAUCGUCACAAACAUCAUCACAAAAAUCGUCAAAUAUUCAAGCGGCUGGAAAAUUAACGACAACACCAGCACCAAAAGUGCGAAAAGAAAAAUCAGAUCCAUAUGAAUGCCCAAAUACAUCGGAAUUUGCAUUUUUUCCACACUAUUGUUCGAGGCACGCGAAUUGUGUAAGCAUUGGUAAAGAAUACCGCUGUUGCAGACAAUUCAAUAGCAAACGAUGUGUCAAAGGUGUACCGAAGCCAUUGAAAGAGCAACGCCAUGAACCGAUACUCGGUCUGAUUCCAAGAAAAUGUCCUAAAGAACCAUUGGCCGAAUUAUUUUGGGAAUUGAAAACAUGUAAUUCGGAUCAUGAUUGUUGGCCCCGCAUUUGCUGUCCCGAUGGUCUGAACAAGUAUUGCCGUACAUCACGUCCAGAGCUAGAUACUUUGCCCGUUGGAAAACAACUAGCAUAUCCCAUCGAUAUGCUGUCGAGCUAUUUACAAUGUACACCAGCACCGCCAACCGUUUACGAUUUAUAUCCAAAACCUUGUAACAAUACAUUGGACUGCUUUCCAAAUGUGUGUUGCCAAGAAGCCGGCAAAAAAUAUUGCCGACCACCAAAACGAUCGUUGCUGGCAUUUAUUACCACCUUUGCUCAGCGAUUCAAUACCGGCGUUGUUCGACAGUGGACCGAUAACAUUGUUUUCAAUUGAUAGAAAACAUGUACAAUAUGUUACAAUUCAAGUCAAACCGGAACAAAACUCUUUGAGAUAUAAAUGUGAUAUAAUUUUUUAGAUGUUGGCAUUGUUUUUGUGGAUUUUCAAUAGUUAUUUGUUAAGUUUUUUCAAAUGUUUUAUUUUUAAGUAAGCAUUAGCCGAAACCCCAUUUUGAAUAAAUAAUUGCUGUCUCGAAAACAACACGUGGAGUAUUGGAUUGUUUGUAUAGUUCGGCACAUGGAGUGUUGGAUUCACCGUAAAAAGCAUAUAUAAACUCCAUUCGAUGAAAAUGAUCAUUAAGCAGUGAGGUUUUCAAUAUUGAAGUCACAUUUUUUUUUUUGACGAAAUUCCCCAAAUUAAAAUCUAUCUUUUUAAAGAUGUUGAAUCGAAACAUUUUUGUUCUACUUUUCAUUGGAGUCAUCGUUUGCCAGGCAAUUUCUAACGUUGGAGCAGCCCCCAAACCCAAAGGCAAUGGAAAAAAACUUGACAGAUCAACUUCAAUGAUAUCUUGGGAAAAAGUUAAGAAAGCUUAUGAGGUAGCUAAGAAGUACAUUUGGAUUUCAGAGGAAGAUGUAGAGAAAAUCAAUGCAGAAAAACCGGUGAAUCAAGAAGAUGUCCAAUAUUUCAUCGAAAAGUUCCACAAUUGGAUGGGACCGGAAUUGGAUUAUGAUACCUUCGAUCAUGGCCAGAGUAGCAAAAAAUGAAUAACAAAAAAGUCAAUAAUGACAAUUGCUGAAUUAAAUUUACAAUGUGUAUACGAUUCACACAGUUGAAUAAACACCUGUUUGUGCAAAAGAAAAACAGAAUUGUUUUUAACAUUUUAUCAUA